CUGGAUUGUAGGUUUGUUGCCUCCGUGAAACACCUGUGAGCAAACUUAAUUACAAACGAGAUGCAGCGAAAGACAGAACUGAGCCGUUCCGGCGCUCUCAUGUUGGGAUUCUUCAGGUAUCGUCAAUAUAAAAGUAUUCGACCGCUUCAUAUCAGUUAUUCCUCUUUUUGAGUUCAAAUUAGACUUUAAUGUUCUGUUUGACUUUCCUCAAAGGCCCACGCACACCAGCUGCAUGCAGAAAACCUCACUUUGAUGUAUUUGCACCAUGCAUGUGCGUGAGAAUAUUUAACAUAUCGCAGAAUUUACAACUGGCAAAAGGUAUUUUAUGAAAAAGCGGUUCCAGUGUUACACAAAGUACUUUCAGUGUACUUUAAAAUGUAUCUUGGUGUACUUGAAAUAGGAAAGUUAAGCAUCGUGUUUCCACGGUGGCCUCUUUCCCAAAUGCAGUACAAACAAACAUGAUUUAUUUGAGGUUCAAUGACUUUUGGUGUAAAAAAAACAAACUGCAAUAUUGCUGCAAACUUGAUAAAACGUCCCUGACUAAUGGCUUCAGAUGUGCUGAUGCUGCAUCACUCAGAGCCUCUCAGGCCUGUGUGUAGCUGUGUGUUACUGACAUGCCUGGACACAGAUAAACUCAGCAGGAAACUGUAGAUUAUCAAAUUCCUCAUGUGUAGACCAGCUGUCUUUUGUGUGUGUGUGUGUGUUUGUGUUUUGGGGUUCAGACAGAAGCUGUGGUUUGGCCCUCAUCGAGGUUCCCUGGGAAGUGCUUAUCUGGCACCUCGGCUCCCCCCUCAUUAUUUUCUGAUGUCUGUCCUCUGUUCACUUUCCAUCUUUUGGGUUUUCGUUGCUUCGUAGUGAUUGUUCGAAUCAAAAAGAAAAAAAAGUAUCCUUCUCCUCGCCUUAAAUUAAUUAUCAGUAUCGUUAAAUUCCCCAAAACACUCGGGACAACCUCCACGUCUCCGUCUCUGCUCCCGGCCCUCCCACUUUCUCUCGCUUCCUGUCUUUAAUUCCGGGGUCUCUGAUUGGCCGAGGCUUUCUGACGGCUCUCCCCAAUCAGGCCUCUCGUUGAGGUGUCCCUUGGCCCCCCCUCAGGUGCGUUUUUUUUGUUUUUUGCGCUAAUGAACGGGCUCGGUUUAAAACCCUGCCAGAUUCCUUCUUCAGGUCAGUCAGAAAGGCCACGGGGACCCGGCUGCACACAGACUUCACACACACACACACACACACACACACACACGCACACACUCUCAGUGUUUGAGUCACCUGGUCUGGCGGCUUCAUUCGAGGUCCACAUCUUGAUCCGCAGGCCGAAGAUAAGAAAAGCACAGGUAAGGGAUUCUAGAGGGGUAACAAACUUUUCAGGGCUUUUAUUCUGAAGUUCUGCGUCUAAAGAUGCAGCUCAGGGGACAUAAUCUGAGGCGUCUCUGGGAAACGGGCUUAGGGUUGUCAUGUUGGAUGUUGUAUGGAUGCGUCCUUCUGAACGCGCGUCUCUUCCACAGGACGAGGACGAGUCAUGGCUGGAAGGAGGAGAAGCGGUUUCUCCGCUGUGGUCGUCACAGCUCUGCUGGCUGUGAUUCUGCUGCCUGCAUUCUUGUCUGCUGGACCAAUCGCGCCAAAGCCGAAAGGAGAUGCGGGGGAAGCCAUCCAGGAGACUGCGGCCGCUGCACAGUUACACCGGAGGUUGAUCCGAAACCGCAGGAACAUCAGCUGGUACAAGCAGAACUCGGACUUCUGGGGCUGGUACAAGUACUUCACUGACAACGGCAACCAGGAGGCAGUUCAGGAGAUGGACCGCAUCUACCUGGCCUACCUGCAGAACAAGAACCGUGCGGAGGGCCGCCGCUCCUACAAGGCCUACUUGCGCCACCUUGGGGAAGUCUACAAGUCCUGCGCCGAUUCUGACGACGCAGACUGCGUGUCUUCCUACACCAGCAGGCCCAAGCCGGAGGCCCCUAAACCGGCGCCCGUGAAAACCUGUGACCCCACCCAGGAUGCCUACUGCCUGUACGCCGCUUUGGUCCAGGGAAAGAGCCCCUACCAGCCUCUGGUGCUGCCGGCUGCCGCCCCGGCACCAGUGAAGGCCCCGGCCCCCCAGUACGCCCGCUCCCCUGCUCCGGCGAAGGACCCCCAGUCGGGGUAUUACUACUACUCGCCAUCCGCAGCGUCCUUCCUUUCUAAGGAGCAGAAGGCGGAGCUGCUGCGUAUCUGCGCCGCCGACGACGUGGAGUGCCUGCAGUACCACUUGAGGGCGGCCUACGGGUACGGACCCUCUGCCGGGCCCGUGCCUUCCUACGCCCACCUGGGCUGCGACCCCAGCAGAGACCCCACUUGCAAACCCAAGCUGGUGCAGAAAGCCCCCUCUGGUCUCUACCUCCACCACCCCAACUGCGAUCCACGGGAUCCCCGCUGUGCCUACGCUGCCUCCCUCGUGGCGCCUCGUGCCCCCAACCCUCCGGCCGCCGCCGGCCCCGGAUCCUGCAACCCUCUGUAUGAAGAAGGCUGCAAUCCUCUCACUGCCACCAGGUACGCCAGCCCCCCCGAGGCCUAUCAAAAUGAAGAGGAAGACGACGAGGCCGCGGCCAUCCGCGCCGCUCCGCCCGCCGCGCAGAACGACCCCUACGCUAUGUUCAGGGACGCCUACGCCAGCGCUAACAGAGUGAACGACCCCUAUGCUAUGUACCGCCAGGCUAGCGCCCCGGCUAAUGACCCGUACGCCAGUCUGCGCAGAUUCAUGGCCCAAGCUCAGGGUAACAACCCGUACGCCGCGCACGCCGAGGCCGCCCCGCACGCGGAGGCCGCUCCGGAGGCCAACCCCAACGACCCCUUCUCCGCCAUCCGCGAGGCGGCGGCCGCCAUGCAUCGGCGCGGUCAACCCGCCGCGAGGCAGCAGUUCCCUUUCCCCAACCCCAAUUAUGAGGAGCCCGCCCAGGACGAGCGCCACCCUCUGGGGCCCCCGGGCAAAACCAAGGAGGGCCACGAUUGCUUCAUCGGCUACGACCGCGAGUGCUUCCCCGCGGCGCCCACCGACCCGCGCUCCGGGAUCCACCGCCGCGUGCCCUACGCCGCCGAGGCCUACGAGCCCCACCUGAACGCCGACGGCAGCCGCAGCGGGGUCCUGGAGCCCUCCGACCCGCACUGCGACCCCGAGUACGACCGCAACUGCCGCCUGCGGCGCCGCGACCCCCAGCCCGAGGAGGCCCGGCCCGAGCGCCGCGCCGGCGAGGAGGACCAGGGGGCGGCAGAGAGCGAGCCGCGGGAGGAGCAGGAGCAGGAGCAGGACCAGGAGCAGUACGAGCCGGAGCCCUACCAGAGCGGCCAGGAGGAGCCACGCGGCCCCUACCAGCCGCUCUCGCAGGGCAUGCCGAGCCUCCAGGACAUACUGAGGCGCUACGGCGACCAGUACCCCGAGCAGGAGGACCGCAGGGCCUACGCCAACGACUACCGCAAGAAGUGAGGCGUGAAGACGGACAUGGACACGCAGCCCCCCCCCCCCCGUAGCUUAGCCAAUAUGGCCGCCUCACGCAGUAAGAGAUGUGGGACACAAGAGACAUCUAUGGACCCAAUGAGCGAGCGCCAUCCACACGGAGCUUCCAGCGGUACCCGUCUUCUCUUUAGCUGCUUUAGACCUGUUGCUUCGAAUGGGCAAUGACUCCUCGGUGCGCAGCUUUGCUUCUGAACCUACGCGUCUCACAUUUGGUUUAUUCGUUCGUUACUUUUUUUGUCAGUGAUGGAUUUUGAUGAAUUUUUACUUUCAUUUUGAAUGUUCUAAUAAA